AUGAACAGGACGGUGGCGGCGAUACCCGCGGUCAGGAAGACGGAGGCGGAGGCUCAGGUGGCGGCGCCCGCACCCAAGAGGCUCGCUUCCGCCGGAACCGCCGGGCGCAGGCCCCGGAAGCGGAUCCGCGAGGAUAAGCUUGUCAGCGACGGGGAUCUCAUCAGCCAUGGCGAUCUCAUCAGCAAACUCCCCGAUGACAUCCUCGGCACCAUCAUCUCCCUCCUCCCCACCAAAGACGGCGCCCGCACGCAGGCCAUCGCUCGCAGAUGGCGCCCUCUCUGGCGCUUAGCGCCUCUCAACCUCCACGCCUCCUACCACCUCUGCUCCAAACAGUUCAAGAGCCUCUCCGUCGUCUCCAGGAUCCUCUCCGACCACCCUGGACCUGCCCGCCGUUUUGUCUUCAGCCUCGUCCGCCUCCACAAAGCGAAAAAAAGGCACGCCGAGGAAUCCGCUCAGAUCGAGAACUGGUUCCACUCCCGAGCCCUCAGAAACCUUAAGGAGCUCGACAUCAGCUUCGACCUCUUGGACUAUGUACAUGAGAAGCUUUAUCCGCUGCCCUCAUCAGUGUUCUGCUUAGCACCAACUCUCCUCGUGGCCACAAUCGGCUUCUGCAAAUUCCCAAAGGAGAUCACUCAUUCGCUUAGUUUUCCGUUGCUCAAGCAGCUCAACCUGCGGCGCGUUUCCAUCUGCCAGGAUGUCUUCCAUGGGGUGCUCUCUGCCUGCCAUCUGUUGGAGUCGCUUGAAUUGCAGGAAAUUUGUGAUACGAAUUGCUUGCGCAUUAGCUCGGCAACUCUUAGGAGUGUGAGCCUCUGCGCUUGUUUUGCAGCCAAAGGAGAAUUGUUCAUUGAAGACGCACCUCUCCUUGAAAGGCUGCUACUACCUUGUCCGCGCGAAGGGCGUGAGACUAUUCGGAUAAUCAAGGCACCUAAACUGGAGAUACUGGGCCUUUUGUCUCCCCGCAUCUCCCAAACUGAGAUUGCUAAUGUAGUCUUCCAGGCUCAUUCUUUUGUUCAGAGGAAUAAUACGAUAGCCACAGUGAAGGUUCUGGCUCUCGAGUUCCCGGUCCCUGAUUUGAAUGCUGUUAUUGACGUCUUAAGAUGCUUCCCGUGCUUGGAAAAGCUUCAUGUCAUUUGGGAGAAAUACUUGAACAUAGGUAUGAAAAAUGCACGUCAGUAUGACCCACUAGAUCCGGUCAAAGGCCUUGAUACCCAUCUAAAAAAACUGGUAUUGAAAAAUUAUGAGGGCAGUGAGCAAGAUGUUGGCUUUGCCAAGUUCUUUAUUUUGAACGCAAAAGUGCUCAAGGAACUCAAAUUUGGAGUCAGUCAUAGGAUCAACAAACAAUGGGUGGCUGAUCAAUACAGGCUGCUAGAAAUGGAAAAUAGAGCUUCUCGGGGCGCUCAAUUGGAAUUCAUACAAAAUGAUUAUGGGUCGUCUUUGGAUGCCCAUGAUUUGUCAACUGCCGAUCCCUUUUAA